AUGAUCAAAUCUGUCCUAAUCUUUAAUAACCACGGUAAACCCCGUUUAAUCAAAUUCUUUCAACAAAUUGACAUUGCAACACAGCAAGCACUAGUGCAAGAGAUCUUUUCACUUGUCUCGAAAAGACCUGAUACUGCCUGUAACUUUCUGGAAGGAAGUAAACUUUUGGGCGGUAAGGAUACGCGUGUUAUCUAUAGACAUUACGCAACCCUUUAUUUUGUCUUUGUUGUCGACGAUAGUGAAAGUGAAUUAGGCAUCUUGGAUCUUAUUCAGGUAUUCGUCGAAAGUUUGGAUAGAUGUUUUGAAAAUGUCUGUGAGUUGGACCUGAUCUUUCAUUUCGAUGAGGUUCAUGCUAUUCUAUCAGAAAUUAUUCAAGGUGGUUUAGUCUUGGAAACAAACAUGAGUGAGAUUGUUGCGGCGAUAAACGAAAUGAAUAAGGCCAAGAAAAAGACAGGUGUUUCAGCAAGCAGCUUGGGCCUUCGAGCUACGGAAUCGUUGAAGAAUGGAUUCCGCCACUAG